AUGGAUAAUAUCUCCUCUCCCCACUUUCUCACUGUCACGGCUCUGAAUGAGUGGGGCUGGACCAGCAGGAUCAUAUUUUUUUCUUUUGCCCUUCCAGGUUACCUUCUGACUAUUGUUCUGAAUGCCACCUUGAUUAUGAUUAUUGCUUUUGAGAAAGCCCUGCAUGAGCCCAUGUACAUUUUCUUGUGUAAUCUGUGUGUUAAUGAUCUGUGUGGAACUACAGGGUUUUAUCCCAGGGCUUUGGUAUAUUUACUCACAGAAACUAACAGGAUUUCACUUGAGGAAUGUGUUGUACAAGGUCUUGUCAUUGUGGUCUAUGCAGUUGGUGAAUUCACAAAUUUAAGUGUGAUGGCUGUUGAUAGGUACAUAGCGAUCUGUCAACCUUUACAUUAUCACAGUAUUAUGUCACCUUUCACUCUGCUGAGCCUGGUGACUUUUAUUUGGAUAUUUCCUUUUUUCACAUGUGUAAUGGCAGUUUCAUUGGCUCUGAAACACCCUCUUUGCAGACAUGAUAUAAACAAACUUUUUUGUGAACAUCUUUCCUUGUUGAAUCUUGCAUGCAAACAAGAUAUUUUUCAAGGGAUUUUUAAUGGAUUUAUCUAUAUCAGCCUGGCUGUCUUUUUUGUUUUUGUUCUGAUUUCCUGUUUAAAAAUAAUUCUAGCUUGUUACAUACAACUUAAACAUUCCUGAAGGGGAACUAAAGUAAAUCGAGAAAAGUUCUACAGCACAUGUGUACCACACUUGAUUUCCUUUCUGAAUGCAACCUGUGGUCUUUCAGAUUCUCUUCUCACUAGAUUUAAAGUAGAAACAUUGUCAAAUAUAGCAUAUACAUUUUUGUCUGUUAUAUUCCUGACUGUUCCCCCUGUUGUCAAUCCUGUAAUAUAUGGUAUAAAAUUAGGUCCAAUCAGGGCAAAAAUAUUGCAUACUUUCCAAAGUCCCCGGAUUAAUAACUUGCAGUAUGCACUGUUAUAA